GCUUGCUGUUUAGUGUUUAAUUGUGAAUUCAAUAGGUAAAAUAGACUUUAUAUGAAUGCUAAUCAUUAGUAAUAGGUGCUGGUUUUUCUUAAGUGUAUUUGUUCUCUCUCUUUUUCUCAAUUUUGCAAAGUGAAUACGUGAUACAUCGGCUUUACUUGAAAACACCACAUCUUUUGAUUCGCUUAGUGUUUUUUAGCGUAUGAAUAGUGUUUCUUGAGUAGAAUAUGUUGUUUGGAACUGUUUAAAUGCUUUAUUUUCGGUUUCGGCCGACCUUUUCCAUUGAUUUUGCUUCUGCCCCGUCUCGGAAGUCGCGCCUCCGGGCCGAUUUAUUGAUUUUCGAAUGCGUUUUCGAAUUCCUUGACACUUUUUAUGGUGACCAUGUAGUUUUUUUUGUUUAAUUCCGAUGACUUUUAUUUUUUAGUGGUUCAUACCGUUUUCACUAGUUUCCGGAUACAAUUGACAUGCGUAAUUUUUCUUCAAAUUUCAUUUACAUUCAUAUUCUUUUAAUAUUUGCAUACUCUUCCUAUCACGUAGGCUAUUUAGGUUUAGUUCUGCAUAUCAUUUGUGUGCAUGUGAUUUUGUUCUAUCGUUUUCAAUUUUUGCCGCAACUUCAGGUUGCGCUUUUGUUAUCUUUGACGCAUUUGCUAGUAUGUGCAAGGUACAUCCGGGAGUUCCUUAUUUGAUGCGAGCUGCCUCGUGUUCCACUUUAUUUGUGGGACACGACACUUUGAUAAUUGUCUAUAUGUACCGUGUGUUUGCUUGUAGGUGUCGAUGGUGCUGAUAUAUGACUCCACGCGACGCGCGAUUUACUUUUGCGACGUCGUAGUGCUUUGAUAUUUUUGCUUUUACGGAUUCCUGAUGUUGCUUAUUGCUUGUGGACAGUUGCUACGCGAUAUUCUCGGAUUUCUCUGCUUACGUUUGCCAGCUCAUUGCGGACUUGCUAUCCGUACGGUGUCCAUAUCAUUGAUUCUAGUUUCUAGCAAAGGUGUUCCAAAGAUGCGUCAGCACAAGAAUCGUAACGUUGGCUACAAAUUUGCGAAGAUUUCCUUAGGGGCAUUGCCAACUUUAGCUGAGAGGUCUUCGUCUGCAAACAAAGGUGUCUUUGAGAAGAAAUAUGGGAAGAUACUGGAUAUUCUAGACUCGCCUUUGACAGAAUACCAGGAAGGGGGAAUUCAUACACUCUUGCACUUUUAUGAGCCGUCUUUACGUUGUUUCACUUUUGUGGACUUCCAGUUGUUGCCUACCUUGGAGGAAUACUCGUAUCUGGUAGGAGUUCCUGUCGAGCGUCAGGUUCCGUUCUAUAAUACCAUGGAGGUUCCAUCAGCUGAAGGGUUGGCGUCUGCUCUUUAUUUGAGCCAAUCAUGGGUGAAAGCUAAUUUUGAAUCUAAGGUUAACCGUUCUGGUUUCUCUUUGAAGUGUCUGCUAAAGAAAGCCCAUGAUGCUGCUGACAAGGAAGUUUGGAGAGAGUUCAAUGCUGUAUUGGCUUUAUGUGUCUAUGGGAUAGUCUUGUUUCCCAACAUACCUGAAUUCGUGGACAUAAAUGCCAUUCGUAUCUUCACAACAGGAAACCCAGUUCCUACUCUUUUAGGGGACGUGUAUCAUUCAGUGCAUUCUAGAAACCAUAAGGGAGGAGGAGGUAUUGUGAACUGUUGCCUUCCAUUGUUAUACAUGUGGUUUAAUAGUCAUAUGCCUUGCAAAGGAGCUUUCGUAGCUACUCGAGAUUCCUUGACCUGGGCGAAAAGAUUGAUGGGAUUAAGGGCUAAGGACAUUCGCUGGUAUACUCCAAAGUUAGAUUGGAAAGAUGACGAGAUGGUGUCUGAAUGUGGGGAUUUUGAUAAUGUCCCUCUUAUAGGAGUUAGAGGUGGUAUUAAUUAUAACCCACGUCUCGCUGUGCGUCAGUUGGGUUUUGCUCUGGUGAGUCCUCCCGAAGACAGAUUCGUGAAAGAAUCCUUGUACUAUGAUGUAUUGCAAGACACCACUGAAUUGCAGAGGGCUGUUAGAGCAUGGUUUAAUGUCAGAGUGAGAAUCAAAGCGGAUUUGGGGAAGAGAGAUUGCAUUGCUCAUCCUGAUUAUACGGAGUGGGUGGAGAAGAGAGCAAAAGACAAUGGGUUGCCUUUCCCUUUUGAGGACCCUUUGUACACGCAUGGUCCUGAUUUUCCUGUUGAUAUGUCGGUGGGAAAGUUUCUAAAGACAGCGGAUGCCAAUGAACAACUUCGUGAAGAGAAUUUGGAUUUAAGUAUGAAGUUGUUUGAUGUCAAUCAAGAGAAGAAGGACUUAAGCCGUAAAUUGAGGAUGAUCGGUGAAGGUUCUGGCAGGAAGGCCAAGGCACAAAAGAGACAACACGGUGGUAUCACUGUUGCUGAUGAGGUUACUGAACUAAAGAAGGCGUUAGAAGAGGUUGAAGCCAGGUAUUUAGAAAAACAGCGGGAACUUGAUGAAAUGGCGGUUUCCAAAGAGGAGUUGCAAAUCCAACACGAGGCGGAAAUAGCGAGUUUAACGUCAUUGCUUCAACGCAGUGAUGACAGAAUCGAUGAAGGCUAUGCACAGAGAAAGAGGCUACAAUGUCACCUCCAAGGAAGUCAAGCCCGGUUAGACAAAGUGUUGAAAGAGAAUCAGAUUCUAAGAGAUCAACUUCAAGAGAAAGAUGAGAUCAUUCGAGGGCUCACUCAGAAGCCAAAUCAGUGAUGUUCGGGAGUUUCGUUCGAUGUUUGUUUUCUGGUUAUUUUGUUAUUGAUCACCAUCAGGCUUGUUGAUGGGAUCGAUUAUUGGGCUGGAUCUUUGUUUGAAAAUUUGUAAUGAACUUCUUGUAUG